AUGAAAAUUCAACUCGUUUUAGUAGGAAUUAUUUUUGCACUUCCACUCUCCCCUACCAAAACAAUAUCAAAAAUCGCAUUUGGCUCUUGCUAUGGUCAAUUCAAUAACUCAAAUCCAAGAAUAUUUACAAGUAUUAACACUUGGCAGCCAGAUUUAUUUCUAUGGUUGGGCGAUGUCGUCUAUGCUGACGAAAUGUAUUUACCUUUUAUGCACACUACUAUGAAAUUUUCUGACUGGCAGCAAACUUAUAACAACUUAAAAACGCUCCCCAGCUACGCCGAACUCAGCAAUUCUACCAUGGUAACUGGGAUUUGGGAUGAUCAUGACUAUGGCCUAAAUGCUGGAAACAAAACUUUUAUCCAUAAAGAAAUUUCCAAGCAAUUUUUUUUGGAAUUUCUAAACGAAACAAGAGAUCAUGAAGGGAUUUAUCACUCAGUAAUGUUUGGAGAGUCUGGGAAAAGGAUAAAACUUAUUUUGCUCGAUAAUCGGUGGUUUAGUGAUGAUAAAGAUAACCCUGAUGGAGACACUUUUGGAGAGGAACAAUGGGAGUGGUUAGGAAAAGAACUGAAAAAUCCUGGAGAAAUUACAUUAAUUCUUGUAGGAAUUCAGGUAAAUGUAGAGUAUAGAUAUUUGCUCGCUGAGAUGAUACAUGAGAAAAGCAGGAUAAGGCUGCUCAAUUUAAUUAAAGAUAUCCCAGGGGUGAUAUUGGUGACUGGUGAUAUUCACUACGGAGAAUUAUUGCUAAAUAAAUGUUGGAAGUACCCAAUUUAUGAAAUUACUGCAAGUGGACUCUCUCAUACAGAGCUAACUACAUAUGGGCCUGUUAUUAUUCCGUAUUUUUCGAUAUAUGUCCAGAUGCCUUAUAAUGUUUAUCCGAGGGUGCACGAAAAACACUUUUCAACAUUUGAAAUUGAUUGGGAAACUGGGCUUAUAGAAAUCACUCAUAAAAAUACUUUACUCCCCCCCCCCCCUCCGUGAGCGAACAAAAAAAAUUUUGUUCGCUCUCACGGAGGGGGGUUAAUUUUUUUUUUUUUAAAAAAAAUUUAUAUAUAAAUUUUAUAAAAAAAAUAUUUUUUUCGAAAUUUAAAAAAAUCCUAAUUUGCAAAAAUUGGGAAGCAAAUAUUAAUUUAAAUUUGCAAAAUUUAUGUUUUAAAACGCAAUUUGUUUAAAAUUAAACAGAAUUAGCUCUAGAUUUCAUUAUACUAAUUAUCACUUAUAUAUCAAAAUUUUUUUCCAUUAAAAUUUUUUCUAUUAAAAAAAUUUUUUGUUCACUCACGGAGGGUGGGUUUUUGGUCAAAAAAUGGCGAUUUUUCUAAUGGUUUUGUUCGCUCACGGAGGGGGGGGGGGGGAGUUAGGAGAUCUAAUUCAUUCACACACAUUUUAUUUAAAAGACCUUUACACGGAAACAUCUAUUAACUAUAUUUGCAAUCAGAGUCUUAGUGAUCGGCAUUAUGCUCAAUUCCUUACAGGACUCAUUAUUUUUAUUUUGCCGAUCCUUAUUAACCUUAUCAGUUUCAUAAUAUUUUUAAGAAAGUUUUCUCACUGCUACUAG